GAAAGCAAGCAUUGCCAAUUUCAAAUGCCAACCAACACCAACCAAUAGAGACAAAGCGUUAGACGAGCGAAGUCAAAUUCCUGCAUAUAAUCUGAAUACAUUACCCUACAUCCUUGAAGCGCUCAUCCUUGAGACCUCGACACAGACCUAGUACAAGGAGCCAAGGUGAAUCGAUCAAACAAGGAUUUUGGCAUGGCAGCCAGUCAAAUCAACAAAAGCUGAAUUAAAGCAGGUCAGCAAACUGACAGCCAGCGAAGUUUGUUGUGCAGGAAUUUCCGAGUUGUCAGAGUCACAACAACCUCGGAAUGAGUGCCAACAAAAUCUUUCUGCGUUACUAUCCGCCAGGACUGGCCAUAAACUAUCGAACAGCAAAGGGCAAUGAACGACUGCGUCAUUUUGAUCUACUUGACCUAGAUUCAAAAGGCAAUAUUGAACCGCUGGCAGACCGGAUUCUACUUCAAACUAUAGCCGAAGCGGAGGAGGAAGAUCAAACGCCUGGAUGUUCAGGGAAGGCUUCACCACCUCGUCCAGUCAGCGGAUGUGUAACAAGAUCUCAAAACACCUUUAGUGCCUUGAAACAGGCUCUGGAAAAGCUGCAGAGGAAACUUCGUGAACCAGUCAAGAAGAAAUUCUAUCUGCACAAGUGCCACAACUCGCACAUUCUACCCUUGACAAAUGUGUCCUUCGAUCGGAGUGGUGAACGAUGUCUCACUGGAAGCUAUGAUCGCACCUGCCACGUGAUCAACACCCAAACGGCCCAGGUGGAGCACAUCCUCACGGGCCACGACAAUGUUGUCUUCUCUGUGGGCUUCAAUCUUCCUCACUGGUAUUGUAUUAAGUUUUUGUUAAAUAAUGAGAAGAAACGUAGCCUUAAUCUUCGUGAUAUAUUUUACAGCGACAAAAUAGUGACUGGAUCUUUUGAUGGCACCGCCAAAGUUUGGUCCGCCAGCAGUGGCCAGUGCCUGUGCACUUUCUUUGGCCACUCUGCCGAGUUGGUGGCCGCUGAGUUUCAUCCGAUGCAUUCGAAUUCCAUAGCCACCGCCUCCAUGGAUGGAACAGCCCGAAUUUACGAUGUGGAAACGUCCCAUGAACUGCAGCAACUCAGCCAUCAUGGAGCAGAGGUGAUUGCAGCGCGAUACAAUCGCGAUGGUCAGUUGUUGCUCACUGGAUCGUUCGAUCAUACGGCAGCUAUCUGGGAUGUGAGGAGCAAAAGUCUCAGCCAUCAGUUGCGGGGUCACAGCGCAGAGUUGUCCAACUGCAUCUGGAACUUCAGUGGAUCGCUGAUAGCCACGGGCUCCCUGGACAACACUGCCAGGAUCUGGGACAUUAGAAAGCUGGAUCAGGCACUUCACUUGGCCGCCAAGCACAGCGAUGAAGUGCUCGAUGUGUGCUUUGAUGCAGCUGGCAGACACUUGGCCACCUGCAGCAGCGAUUGCACGGCGAGGGUUUGGAAAGUGGAGGGAUCCGCGGACCAGCUGGAGAUGCUGUCCCUGAUGGCAGGGCAUGCGGAUGAGGUGUCCAAGGUGUGCUUCAGUCCCAGUGGCUGCAUGUUGCUCACAGCCUCGGCGGACAAUACGGCUCGCCUGUGGCUCUCGGAAACCGGACAGUGCUCCCAAGUUCUGGCCGGGCACGAAGGUGAGGUGUUCAGUUGUGCCUACAGCUACUCAGGAGACGCCAUUCUUACCGCCUCCAAGGAUAACACUUGUCGUUUCUGGAGGUGAUACGACUGGUACACAGUGCAGCUGAACGACUGAUCAAUCGACUGAUUAAAA